AUUUUAUAAAGUCAAUGAUUCAUGACAACAAAACUUUAUCCUAAAGAUAUAACAACAAGAACACGUCAAACCUACCAAAAAAAAUAAAAAAUAAAAAAUAAAAUCAAAAAGAAUAAUUCUUCCAUCAUUGAAGUUUUAAAUUCGUUGAACUUUUAAUGAUUAUGGAGCGAAGUAAAUUGUUAACGCUUUUGCUCUUGUUAGGUUUAAUUGGCGUUUCUUUUAGUAUAGAGCUCAAGCCCGAACAUGGUGUUCAUUUUCCGGUUUACAAUCACACGCUUGCCAAAAUUUUGGUUGAAUACAAUGCUGCAGUUUAUGAGUCAGACUUGACUGAACUAUUUACCUGGACAUGCUCACGAUGUAAUGGAAUGACAAAGGGUUUUGAGAUCAUAGAGCUUAUUGUUGAUGUCCAGCACUGCUUGCAGGCGUACGUUGGGUUUGCUAAGGAUCUGAAUGCCAUUAUUGUUGCAUUUAGGGGAACCCAGGAGCACAGCAUACAAAAUUGGGUUGAGGAUCUGUACUGGAAACAGCUUGAUUUGAAUUACCCUGACACGCCUGAUGCAAUGGUACACCAUGGAUUCUAUAAUGCUUAUCAUAACACCACACUGCGUCCUGGAGUCUUGGAUGCUGUUAAACGAGCAAAAAAAUUCUUUGGAGAAAUUGACCUUAUUGUGAUAGGACAUUCAAUGGGUGGGGCUAUGGCUGCCAUUUGUGCACUUGACCUCACGGUACAUCAUGGCAUAAAAAAUAUUCAGGUUACAACCUUUGGGCAACCACGGAUUGGAAAUGCAGCUUUUGCCUCUUACUAUAGCCAAUUUGUCCCUAAUACGAUUCGUGUCACUCAUGAGCAUGAUAUGGUGCCUCAUUUGCCUCCAUAUUAUCGUUAUUUCAGUCAAAAGACAUAUCAUCAUUUCCCUAGAGAGGUGUGGUUGUAUAAUAUCGGAUAUGGAAGUUUAAUUUACCCUGUUGAGAAGAUUUGUGAUUGUUCUGGUGAAGAUCCAUCUUGUAGCAGGUCAGUAAUGGGAAAUAGCGUAUUGGAUCAUCUGGUUUAUUACGGAGUUAAUUUACAGGCUGAGUCUUGGAAUUCAUGUAGAAUUGUGUCUGGUCCUCAUCUUUCAAGGUACACAACCGCAGAUAACACUGGAAAUAUUAUCUUGAGCAAGGAUCCUGGUUCUAUUCUUCACCUUGUAAAUGCAGUGUCAGGCGAUGGGGCAAGUGCAUCGUAAAAUGUCUAUGAAUUUGAGUACACCUGUAUCUUAGCUUUAGAAGAAUGGAUCCAAUCCUUGUAUGUUGUGAAAGGUGUAUGGUGGCACGGGGGUUGGAUAUUUGGAUGUGUAUAUUGCUUGCUUCGGAUGUAUGUAGGGAAAUAUCCAUGACUAAUGUAAAUAAACACACUGCUAGAUAACAUGUAAAUUAAAAUGUAAAUUAACAUUUCGUACACCUUCUCCAUGUAUUUGUACAUUGGAAGUUCAGGAUAUAUAUACCAUACGUUAGUAUGA